UUCAAGUUAUGAAAAUUCAUUGAGCUGUACAGUUAUGUAAACAUUUUCUCUACGUAUCUUAAACUUCAAUAGGAAGAUUACACACCACAAGGAUAAAAAAUAGCAAGUUAAUUUUUAAAAAAAACUUCCUUUUAUUCAGCAAACAUUUCAGUUACUCCUUUUUACUAGGCAUUGCUCUGGGAGCUUGGGACAUGGGCUAGGAAAGACAUCAUCACCUCUCAGUUUAUCGGGAGGCAGGUGAAGGGAUACUUACCAUAUGGUUGAUACUUGCUGGGCUCUAUCCGAGACAUCAUAGGGUACAGGGGGGAACAGAGAAAGGGCUUCUAACUCGGGCAUUUUGCUGUUCUAGGUCUGCCACUCACGUACUUUGGGAAGUCAGGCAAAUGGGCUUAGGGAGAUAGCUGGGAACUAUCGCAAACUGGGAAAGUAUGUGGCAUAGAGUUGUGGAACCUUCUAGUUUUUGUUUGUUAGGAAAAAACACCAAGCUGAAGUUUUAUUUAAGCUCUCUUGAUUUUUAAGUGCUGUAAAUGAAUCCAAAUUUUCAGAAGUGGGAGGCCAAACAAAAUACACCCGUGCAGGGUGUUUGGCUGUGGCCUACCAGUUUGCUGGGCAUUCUGCCAACCAGCCAUCCUUCCUCUCACCAGUGACUUGGGGGUCCACUCUUUUAGACCCUGGGAAAUACAGCAGUGAGCAAGCUGGACAGACAACUUUCUUGAAUGGGGGGGGGAGGGGCUGGUACUGUGAGCCUCAAACAGCAGUAUGUGUGGGAAUCACCUGGCAGUCACAUUGAAAGGCAGAUUCCUGAAUCAGGAGGUCUGGGGUAAGGCCUGAAAUUUUCUUACUAACAAGUUCCCAGGUGAUGGUAAUGCUGGUGGUCCCUGAACCAUAUGUGCUUUGAGUGGAGUUUGCUGUAUAUUCCGGAGGGGCUUAGGAGCAGCUGUUAUUCUGAAAGUAGGGGCCUUGCCAUGAAAGUGCAUCGGCCUGGCAAGCUCCGUGUUUUUACUUGGGUUUUAGCUUAUUGGGGUGUCUCGGAAGAGAGCUGAGGACAUCGGAGGCGGCUGCCUAAAGCUGCCCUGCCAGGUCUCUAUUCUCAAGAGUUUAUAGUCUAGAAGGCGGGGUGGGGGUGGGGGUGGAGGAAGGUAUUAGGAAAAGCUUCCUGGAGGAGGUGCAUGGGAACUGCAGGAACUUCCCCGGCCGCGGAGAAAGGGGGAAACCCUGAACUCCCCCCUCUCCUUGGGCCGGGUCUCGGCAUCCCCACGCCGGGUACGGUUUCCCAGGCAUCCCACGUGUCUGCUGUGCGCGAGUCCCUGUCAAUCAAGUCUCCCCCGGCCCAGGACAGGGUACGGGUUUAAAGGAGGCGGCGGUGCCGAGCGCUCCCAUCGUGCCGCGCGGCGGGCGGGUUUGGAUUUUAAAUCCCCGCGGCCAAUCAGUGGCGCGCAGGCUCUUGUAACGUUCCCGGCGCCGCGUUUGAAUUCGAGGAGGAGCGAAGCGGUGCCAAGCCUCUGCUCAGACCCUGCUAGGUCCGCGGAGCAACUUCGGGAACAUGAGUGCGGCGGCAACUGCAGGGAAGCUGGCGCGGGCACCAGCCGACCCAGGGAAAGCCGGGGGCCCCGGAGUUGCAGCUCCCGGGGCCCCGGCAGCCGCUCCGCCGGCGAAAGAGAUCCCGGAGGUCCUAGUGGACCCGCGCAGCCGGCGACGCUACCUGCGGGGACGCUUUCUGGGGAAGGGCGGCUUUGCUAAGUGCUUCGAGAUCUCGGACGCUGACACUAAGGAGGUGUUCGCUGGCAAGAUCGUGCCUAAAUCGCUGCUGCUCAAGCCGCACCAGAAGGAGAAGAUGUCCAUGGAGAUAUCCAUUCACCGCAGCCUCGCCCACCAGCACAUCGUAGGCUUCCACGGCUUUUUCGAGGACAGCGACUUCGUAUUCGUGGUGUUGGAGCUCUGCCGCCGGAGGUCUCUCCUGGAGCUGCACAAGCGGAGGAAAGCACUGACCGAGCCGGAAGCCCGCUACUACCUUCGACAAAUUGUCCUUGGCUGCCAGUACCUGCACCGAAACCGGGUUAUUCACCGGGACCUCAAGCUGGGCAACCUUUUCCUGAAUGAGGAUCUGGAGGUGAAAAUAGGGGAUUUUGGACUGGCAACCAAAGUGGAAUAUGAUGGGGAACGCAAGAAGACCCUGUGUGGGACUCCUAAUUACAUAGCUCCUGAGGUGCUGAGCAAGAAAGGGCACAGUUUCGAGGUGGACGUGUGGUCCAUUGGGUGUAUCAUGUAUACAUUGUUAGUGGGCAAACCACCUUUUGAGACCUCUUGCCUCAAAGAGACCUACCUCCGGAUCAAGAAGAACGACUACAGUAUUCCCAAGCACAUCAACCCUGUGGCCGCCUCCCUCAUCCAGAAGAUGCUUCAGACAGAUCCUACUGCCCGUCCCACUAUUCAUGAGCUGCUCAAUGACGAGUUCUUUACCUCCGGCUACAUCCCCGCCCGGCUCCCCAUCACCUGUCUCACCAUUGCACCCCGAUUUUCCAUCGCUCCCAGCAGUCUGGACCCCAGCAGCCGGAAGCCUCUCACAGUCCUCAAUAAAGGCACGGAGAACCCCAUGCCCGAGCGGCCCCGGGAAAAAGAGGAGCCAGUGGUCCGGGAGACCAGUGAGGCGGUUGACUGCCACCUGGGCGACAUGCUGCAGCAGCUACACAGCGUCAAUGCAUCCAAGCCCUCAGAGCGGGGGCUGGUGAGGCAAGAGGAGGCUGAGGAUCCUGCCUGCAUCCCCAUCUUCUGGGUCAGCAAGUGGGUGGACUAUUCGGACAAGUAUGGCCUCGGGUACCAGCUAUGCGACAACAGCGUGGGGGUGCUCUUCAAUGACUCAACACGCCUGAUCCUCUACAAUGACGGUGACAGCCUGCAGUACAUAGAGCGCGAUGGCACAGAGUCCUACCUCACCGUGAGCUCCCAUCCCAACUCCCUCAUGAAGAAGAUCACUCUCCUGAAGUAUUUCCGGAACUACAUGAGUGAACACUUGCUGAAGGCAGGUGCCAACAUCACACCCCGGGAAGGCGAUGAGCUCGCCCGGCUACCCUACCUGCGCACCUGGUUUCGCACCCGCAGUGCCAUCAUCCUGCAUCUCAGCAAUGGCUGUGUGCAGAUCAACUUCUUCCAGGACCAUACCAAACUCAUCCUGUGCCCGCUGAUGGCAGCCGUGACCUACAUCGACGAGAGGCGGGACUUCCGCACGUACCGCCUGAGCCUGCUGGAGGAGUACGGUUGCUCCAAGGAGCUGGCCAGCCGGCUCCGCUACGCCCGCACCAUGGUGGACAAGCUGCUGAGCUCCCGCUCGGCUGCCAACCGUCUCAAGGCCUCCUCGUAGGCCUUCCUCCCCUCCGGACUGGCACCCCUUCUCACCCCCACAGCACCUUGGCCCGCACUGGUUAGCAACCCUCGUGCCGUUUUCUAGAAUGUGUCCCCGGCCCUGGGGGCUGGGGAGAGCUCCACAUCCUUGCUGGUGGGGGUCGCCGUGUUAAGUUAUUUUUGUACAUGUUCGGGUGUGGGUUCUACGGUCUCUUGCCCUUCCCCCUCAGCCCCACCAUAUGCAUUGUACAGAAUACCGCUCUUGAAUCCGGGACUGCCCUUUCCUUGCCUUUAUAUACAUUAAACAUGUGAAUCUUCUAUUU